UUAUAAGGAAAGCCUUUAAAAUAUACAAAACAAAGAAAUAACAUAAUCUGAAUUAUAUUUAAAAAUUAUGACUACUGUGAGAAAAAUUCACUACAGAGGACAAAGGUGGAAGCAAGGAAACUAGAGGCACAGAUCACAGAUUCAUGUCAAAUGUAAAUGAUUAGCCACAGGAGAAAUAAAAUUUCCUGGACUUAAUUAAUGAACAUGGUGACCUAGACUCUCUAUUCCCUGUGAUAAGACUGUAAAAGAUGUUAGCACCUGUUACUUGUCAAGCACAACAAAAUUGUUUGUCAACAAAUUAGUCUUGACCUCAGGGAAAAAAACAAUUGUUUGCAAGGCGAAUGAUACUUCAUUUACAAAGGACUUUACAAAAUGCACAUUAAUCUUUAAAUUAUUAAUGCAAAUCAAUCCUUAACCAAAAACUUGGCAAAAUUACAAACAAAAAUUUAAAAACAUUUCCUUAAAGGCAUUACAGAGGUAAAAGCAAAGUUAAAACAAAGUAAUGGUUUACAGGCCUGGAUCUAGGAGAAAUGGCAGCCCAAGAAGGUAAACUCAAACUUUGGAGGCACUCCUCCCCUCCCCCUUCACCAAAGUAGAUAUUCAAAUGCCCAGUUAAAAAUAAGGGUAGCUGUUUCCCAUCAUGGCAGAUCAAGGUGAAAAGGAGAAGCCCAUGUGGGAACUUUGCAUCCGCAAGCUCUGCCUUAACAUCUGUGUUCGGGAGAUUGGAGACAGACUGACCCAGGCAGCCAAGGUGUUGGAGCAGCUCACAUGCCAGACUCCUGUGUUUUCCAAAGCUAGAUACACUGUCAGAUCCCUUGGCAUCAGGAGAAAUGAGAAGAUUGCAGUUCACUGCACAGUCAGAGGGGCCAAGGCAGAAGAAAUCCUGGAGAAAGAUCUAAAGGUGCAAAAAUAUGAAUUAAUAAGAAAUAACUUCUCAGAUACUGGAAACUUUGGGUUUGGGAUCCAGGAACACAUCGAUCUGGGUAUCAAAUAUGAUCCCAGCAGUGGUAUCUACGGCCUGGACUUCUGUGUGGUGCUGGGUAGGCCAGGUUUCAGCAUCGCAGACAAGAAGCGCAGGACAUGCUGCACUGGGGCCAAACACAGAAUCAGCAAAGACGAGGGCACGCGCUGGUUCCAGCAGAAAUAUGAUGGGAUCAUCCUUCCUGGCAAAUAAAUCCCCGUUUGUAUUCAAAAGGCCAAUAAAAAAAAGUUUUCAAUGAAAAAAA